AUCUCAGAGUCGUCGUUUCCACAGAGCUGCAGAGAUCUGUGAGGACGACCAGACGAUUCAUCGCUUCAUCUUUGUCUCUGCAAAGGAAGAACUGAAGUAGGGAGGAAAGGAAACACCGAAGGAGACACUGAAGGAGACAUGGAGGGAGUUUGAGUCCUCGCUGAUCCUCAGGUCUUUGGGGAGUCAUGAUGUCGCAGGAGGAGGCUUCUUCCUUCAGAAGGUUUUUCCAGUAUGUGGAGGACAGCGGCCUUCGAACGUACGAUGGUUUGGUGAUCCAAAACGCCUCUGACAUUGCCAGAGAGAGUGAUCGCAUUCGCAACCAGACCAACUGGACCUACCUGCAGGAAAAACACCAGAAGAAGAGGCGGCAGGAAGAAGCCAUCAAAUGGAUUGGUGAAGAUGUCGCUAUGGCAACAGAUGGAGCAUACUCUGGGAAACAUUUCAGGAUGGGUUUCAUGACAAUGCCAGCACCACAGGACCGCCUGCCCCCACCCAGCCAGGGCUUCACUGUCCGGUCCCAGUCCCUUCACUCUGUGGGCGGAGGAGACGAUGACUCCAACCACAACCGCAAACAGCCCCCACCCAAACCUAAGAGAGACCCCAACACCAAACUAAGCAGCAGCUCUGAAACAGUGGAUGGAAGCUCUGGAAUCACUAAGCGAGACCACCAAGAGACCAAAGAGACACCUGAACAGGCAGAAGCUCGAUGCUUUUUCCACACUGAGGACUCCAAGAAGAUGCCGCCACCAAAACCCAAGAGGAACCCCAACACUCAGCUCAGCACCUCCUUUGAUGAGUCUUACAUCCGUAACCAUAGCAACAAGAAGUCUUCCUUGCGAUGGGACAAAUCUUCAUCCCAAAGUCAGAGUCCAGCAUCUAGAGACACGGACGAUGAAGAGCCAGUUUACAUUGAGAUGGUGGGAAACAUUCUGCGAGAGCUGAAAGGUCAGAAGGCUGUGGAGGACGAGCAGAGCGAGUCAGUGUACGAGGAGAUGAAGUAUCCAAUACUGGAGGACUUCCUGCAGGAUGCGCAGGCCGCUAUCAUGUAUCCUGAUGCAUGGUCAUCCCGUGGCUCGCUCUGUGACAUUCCUCCACCUUUCCCCAACCUCCUGACGCACCGCCCACCACUGCUUGUCUUCCCUGCUGCACCUGCUCAGUGCUCCCCCAACUCAGACGAGUCCCCCCUCACUCCCUUAGACGUCACUCGGCUCCCCAUGCUAGAAAAUGUGUCCUACAACAAGUCAGGGGGUGUCGAACACCCACAGAGCUCCACCCAUCACCGCAAAGAAAGGGAUCGGGAUCUACCCUCCACACAUACCAUCACAUCUUCCGGUCGCUCAUCAGCACCGCCUCUUCCCUCCAACAUCUACAAGUCAUCUAGCUCCACCCACAGCGGUCAUGGUUAUCCCCGCAGCCAAUCAGCAUGUCCAUCACCGGUCAGCAUGGGUCGCUCCCUGACACCUCUGAGUCUGAAGAGACCGCCACCAUAUGAUACUCUGAUAGCAGGAGGAAGUAUGCCUCGCUCUUCAUCUUCAUCUUCAUCAUCCUCACAUAGGGCCGGGGAGGGUGGAGCUAAACUCAGUAACUCCUCCUCCACCCACGGCUCCAUGCAGAACAUGUCAAUGAGGUCACAGACUCCAACGAGCCCAUUGGAAGAACUCAACAACCUGUUUACAUCAGGCAGACAGGUGAUGAAGAGGGGGUCAGGAGGAAGGAAGAGCAAGGAGGGUGAAGGAGAUUGCAGGUCUCUGCCCAGACACAACAGCAAAGACAGAGAUGGACAGUCGAGUCCAGUUUCCAGCAGGAUGGGAAGGUCGUCUGUCAGUCCCACCAUGAUGUUGUCAGGAGGAGGAGAAUCAAAGUCUGUGUGUAAACUCGGCCGUUCAGCGUCGACAUCAGGAGUUCCUUCACCAGGUGGGACCCCACAACGUCACCUGCACGAGCCGCAUCACUCUGCCCUCAGCCAGAUGCCGUGGCUCUGCGGCGACGCCACCAUGAUGGAGAUGAUUGAGAAGAAAAGAGUUUUGUGUCGAGAGAUCAAAGCUCGUCAGCGACCGGAGAAGAAUCUGUGCAAACAGGACAGCAUGCCCAUCCUGCCCAGCUGGAAGAGGAGGCAGCCGCCGCCAUACUCAGCCCCGCCCACCGCCGCCGGACACACCGCCACGGUUUUCUGGGACACCGCCAUCUGA